CAGUAAAGGCAGAGAACAGGGAAGAAGUGGAGUGUUGACGGCCCAACAACUGGAAUUAUUUUUUUCUCCACCUACAGGCUACCAAUCGAAGUUGGAAUAAAUUGGAAAGUUAUAAAUAACGCUGACAAGUGCUGCCGUUUUUUUUUUUUUUUUUACUUGUAGGCUACGUUACAGUGCAGUAGCAUCUCUAUUUUUUUGCAUCCUCCUCUAUUGGCACGCGGGAGAAAGAGGCGCACGCUGCAGGGUGCUUUCCGCUCCGUCCUCAGUCUUGCGCGAGCCUCUGAGAGGGAGCUAUCCAGUGCUGAAGUUGCAUUUCUCCUUUUGCGAGACAGCGUUGCAGGAAGAACAGCGAAACCUAAGCAAUAGGGUGACUUGAAGGUUUGAGUGUCUGAUACUUCACGCAGACAGGUAUCUAAAGCUCAGUUCAACCCAGCUCUACAUUCGCGUUGCAUGAGGACAGUAACCCAGAACUGGACGGUUGUUGUUUCUGUACAGCACCAGAAACAUGCCAAGGUCUUUCCUGGUUAAAAAGGUGAAGCUUGAUGAUUUUUCAUCUAGUGAUCUUGAGAGUUCUUAUGGACGAUCUAGGACUGACCUCAGUCUUCGGAUUCACGAUAAAGGUUACAUUAGUGACUACAUCAGCCCGUCUGUCUACGAUGGAGAAAGCGACGGAGCCAUUAAAGUGCCCUCUCCCGAGCCCAUCUACGAUGGCAUCCACAGCGACUACGGCACACCGGACUCGGACCAGCCCGACAGCCCACAGUCGGACGUCACCUCCGGGUACAUCAACGGGGACACCGCGGUGAGUGAAGGAUACACAGUGGAUGCGUUUUUCAUCACGGACGGAAGGUCCCGGAGGAAAGUAAUCACAAGUCCCAGCAGCAUACAGCGUCACACCUGCAACGAAUGUGGGAAAACCUACGCCACGUCUUCCAACCUGAGCAGGCAUAAGCAGACCCACCGGAGCCUGGACAGUAAGAUGGCCAAGAAGUGUCCAACCUGUGGGAAAGUCUACGUCUCCAUGCCAGCCAUGGCCAUGCACCUGCUCACCCACGACCUCAAGCACAAGUGUGACAUCUGUGGCAAAGCCUUCAGCAGACCGUGGCUACUGCAGGGCCACAUGAGGUCACACACGGGCGAGAAGCCCUUUGGAUGUGCACACUGCGGAAAAGCGUUCGCAGACCGCUCCAACCUGCGUGCACAUAUGCAGACUCACUCCGCGUUCAAGCAUUUCAAAUGCAAACGGUGCGACAAGACCUUCGCUCUUAAAUCCUACCUGAAUAAGCACUACGAGUCCGCGUGCUUCAAAGGCGCCUUCUCCCCAUUGAGUCCGGAUCUCGAGGCAUGACCUCCGCAUUAAAAGUGCAGACAAAACAUUCUAUUUUUUUGGUUGACAAAUUUCCCAACCCUUCUCCUAAAUCCACCUUAACUUUCACCGGAACCACAAUAAUAGCACAACUUUUCUCAAUUGUCUUUGAACCAUACGGAAUAACUGAUGAUCUUCGCAUGCACUUAAAAAAAAACCUCACUUCCUCCUCCAGUCACGUGGAUAGAGUAUGCCUUCCACCGCGCUAAAUAUGAAAUCAUAGGCUAUAUUUUGAAACUUGACGAAGAUAAUAAUACUGGAUUGCUCCAAACAAAAGUCAAACGUUUUAAUGUUGGAUAAUAAUGCACUGCUGCAACUGACCAUACUCUCCAUUGAGGUAAAUGCGAUUUAUUUAUUUAUUUAUUUAUUUAUAUUUGUUUAUACGGUAUGUCUGAAUAAUUUUACUGAUAUUUGAGACCACUAUACUUUGCACUUUGAUUUGUGAAUUUGCUAACCUCUUUUGUGAACAGGCCAAAGCAUUUGUCACUUUUUGAUUACUAUUUUCUUAAUCUUCUGUUACCUUUUGAAUUAAUUGCAUGCAAAGAUUUAUCUAUGCCAAUAUCACAAAGCUUAUGAUUUUUGCCAAAAUAUAGGUAGUAUCUUUUGGCAAGAUUUCUCUUGAAGCCUCAUGAGGAAUUAUAAAGCAAUAAUCAUUUAAUGCAUGGAAUUUUUGAAAAUGAUUAUGAAAUAUUACCUACUGUAUAGCAGUUAUUUUAAAUCAGGUAUGUUUUACUCCAGUACGCAUAUAGUCAUAUAAAAAAGACAACAUCAGGGAAAAUGCCAAUGUAGUGUUAGUGAAACAACAAAAAACGAUAAAAUCCUAUUUUCCUCAAUUGUUAUGCACUGCCUGCCUCUCAUUUAAACAGUAGUGUAUUAGGACCAUAGGCUUGACCUGCUGAAAUUCAGUUCAGAGCAUCUCAGAGCAUUUGUCCAAAUCUGUGGGGAACCCAAUGAGGUCAUGUUAAGGUAACACACCUGUGUGCUUCAAAUGUUGGCCAGUUCGCUGUGUAGAGUCCUUGGGUCCUGGUCAAAAUGAGUGCACUAUCUUGGGAAUAGGGAGGGAUUUGGGACAAUAUUGACUUGAUGGAUUAAGUAGGGAAAACUUUACACUGCAUUUGCACUCAGCUUGAUAAACAAGAUGCCUUCCUUUAACCUCAUACGUCCCCCACAGAUUUGUAUAUAACAAAGCACUUCAUUUUAGAUAUUUCCUCUAAAAAGUAGCACAAUGAACCAAUAGAUUCAGGUAGAAAAAUAAGUUGUAUUAGCUUGACCUCUGUUUUGUAUUUCCAAUAAAGAAUGACUUCAUAAUUUAUUGCAA